GCGCAGAGGGAAAAGGGCGGUGGCGUGGCGAGCGGCGCUGUGCGCGUGGGGCACCAAGGCGGAAGGAAGGAGAUGGUGGUGGGGAUGAGAGUAGACCUGGGACUUGCGCCGGGCCGGGCCGGGCCGGCCCUGCCCUUUGGGCCGUACCAGAUGGUAUGAGAAGUUGUUCGGGCCAUGCCGGGCUGGCACGACGAGCCUCCAACAGGCCUUAGGCAUGGCACGAAGGCACGAUGUAGCCGGACUGGCAUGGACCUGGCACCGAUCUUGACUGAGGGCCAGCGCGACCGACAGGACGAGCGCGGCGACACAAAGCGAAUGCCUCCAUGGCCGAGGCCCUACACGGUGGGUCGCCCCAUGCCCAGGCCUCCGAGGCCCUCUGCAGCGCCGCCAUGGCCUUACUCGGCUAAGCACCACGACACUGUGCCCUCGCAGCGGCACCGCUCGUCCGCGUUGGCGUCCUGCCUCGCAGCGGUCGCGUUCCUCCUGUUGUCCGCUGGCAGGGCUGACGCGGCGUUGUUCCUCCUCUUCCGCCCUCGCCCGCCGGGCAUCGUAGUGGCUGUCGUGCGGCUGCCGUCCUUCGCCGCGGCCAACGGAACCGUGGCCUUCACCUUCGAGCAGACCACUGUCGUGCUCAAACUCAACCGCUCGCGGCGCGUCCAAUGGUUAUCCGGAAACCCCCCCCCC